AGCUGGCGUCGCCAGAGCCUCUUGCGGAGCAAUCUUGGCAGGGUGUUUUUUCCAGCCGGGCCGCGGCCUGGGACGAAGUCGGCCGUCAUGUCGACGCGGACGCUGCCGCUGCUCUUCCUUAACCUCGGCGGGGAGAUGCUCUAUAUUCUGGACCAGCGACUGCGCGCACAGAGCAUCCCGGGAGAAAAGGCGCGCAAAGUUAUGAAUGACAUCAUUGCAACCAUGUUCAAUAAAAAGUUUAUGGAGGAGCUGUUUAAGCCACAGGAGCUCUAUUCCAAGAAGGCCCUGAGAACUGUGUAUGACCGGCUGGCACAUGCGUCAAUCAUGAGGCUGAACCAAGCCAGCAUGGAUAAGCUCUAUGAUCUCAUGACCAUGGCCUUCAAGUACCAGGUUCUACUCUGCCCCCGGCCUAAAGACAUUCUGCUCGUCACUUUCAAUCACCUGGAUGCCAUCAAGGAUUUUAUCCUCGAUUCACCCAGCAUUCUGAAUCAAGUUGAUGAAACCUUUCGGCAGCUCAUUGAUACGUACGGCUCACUCUCUGACGGCGAAUUUCAGCUCAUUCGGCAAACACUGCUCAUAUUCUUUCAGGACAUGCACAUCAGGGUCUCCAUCUUCCUAAAAGAUAAAGUGCAGAACUCCAAUGGCCGCUUUGUACUCCCGACCUCUGGUCCAGUUCCUUGGGGAACAGAGGUUCCAGGGCUUAUCAGGAUUUUCAACAGUAAAGGAGAUGAAAUUAAAAGGACUGAGUUUGUCCAUGGUGGGAAUUAUCUCCUUCCACUCCGAGAAGGCUCAUUCGAUCUUUAUGGAGACAGAGUCAUUAAACUAGGAACAAACAUGUAUAGUAUCAGCCGGCCUGUAGAGACACACAUGUCAGGAACAGCCAAAAAUACGGCAUCCCGUAUAAAGGAGAAUGCCGCUCCCAACCCUCUGGCUAAAGAAGAGCUGAAUUUUUUGGCCAGGCUGAUGGGCGGCCUGGAGAUAAAGAAGCCCCUGGGCACCGAGGCAGGCUUCCGGCUGAAUCUCUUCACCACAGAUGAAGAGGAAGAAUACGCAGCACUGACACGCCCAGAGGAGCUUUCUUAUCAAGUUGUCAGCAUACAAGCAGACCAGGACCAAGAGCGGAAUGAGGAGCUGAGCCGCAUCAUGGAAGAGUUUGAGGUGGCAGAGCAGCCCAGGCAAAGCACCAGCAAGGGAGCCGACUUACUAGCCAUGAUGGACGAGCUGUAAGCCCUGGCUCUGGGGAGUGGCACUGUCUGGGCAGAAUGGCACCCCCAGUUUCUCGCAGAGCUCAGCCAUCAGCCUCCUGUGGAAGAGAAUGGUCGCCAAGGCAGUACAUUUGUGUUGGGUUACACAAGCUGGAUGGCUCUGAGGCACAUUUGACCCAUCCUUUCUCUCUGGGGAAAUGGAGGAGAGUCACUUAGCAGCCUCCUUCCUCUGUUGUCAUGGCCUAGUUUGUACCAUGGGGUUGGUUAGAUGCUUGAGCAGUGGAAGUGGACAUUCAUCCUGCCUUUAACUCAUGUGUGUUCGUGACAGAGACCCUGAUUCCACCCACCCCCCGUGUCUUUCUAAUUAGAAAUGCCAACUGUGCAGUGUUGCUGAUUAGCUUGUGAGUGCCUCCUACCAUGAGGAGAAAGAGCAAUUCCUUCAUUUUCAGUGUGGAGGCCAAACCUGGCAAGGAGGUUGGACUGAUGUAACAGCCACAUUCUCUUUCUGCUGCAGUAAUA